GUGCGGGCAGCGCUCCUAGCUCUCCACCAGAGCAGAGAAAGAUGCAGAUGUCAGCCCAGGCAAAUUCAACUCCCCAACAGCAGCCGACCCCCUCGGCGGGAGGGGGAAUGGGUGGAUUUUUCUCCUCUUUGACCCAGAAGGCCCAGAAUGUAGCGGAGACUGCCAAGAAUGCGGCACUGCCCAAGAUUAAAAUUCUAUUAGUCAUUGACGACCCACAGACAGAUUGGAAUAAAUACUUCCGGGGGCGCAAACUGUAUGGAGACUAUGACAUUAGAGUAGAACAGGCUGAGUUCGCGGAGAUCUCUGUGAAGUCGCAUUCGGACACCGGAGCCACAGUUGAGAUGCACAUCAGCAGAGGAGGACCAAAAGUCGUCAGGACAUUUAGACCGGACUUCGUCUUAGUGAGACAGCAACCAAAAACUGCCACUGAUGACUUUACCAAUCUGCUAAUUGCACUCCAGUUCGGCUCAGUUCCCAGUGUUAACUCACUGAAUGCAGUGUACAACUUCCAGAGCAAACCGUGGACGUUUUCUCAACUGGUGGGUCUGCAGAAGAAACUUGGAAAAGAAAAGUUUCCCUUGAUUGAGCAGGUGUUCUACCCAACCUCUAAGCAGAUGACGGACAAGCCUCGUUUCCCAGUAGUGUUGAAAGUGGGCCAUGAGCACGGGGGAGUUGGGAAGGUGCGAGUGGACAAUGGACAGACUUACGAGGAGCUGUGUGGACUGGUUCAGGUGGCUAACACACACUGCACCUCUGAGCCAUUCAUAGACAGCAAGUUCGACUUCCGAGUGCAGAAAAUAGGAAACCAGUACAAGGUCUACAUGCGCACUUCGUCGACCUCAGUGUGGAAAUCUAACUUGGGCUCGGCUGUGGUGGAGCAGGUCAACAUGAACGAUACGUUCCGCAUGUGGAUGGACCAGGUGUGCGAUCUGUUCGGUGGACUGGACAUGUGUGCAAUCAGUGCUCUGAGAGGCAGAGACAACAAGGACUACAUCAUAGAGGUAAACGACUGUUGCAUGCCGCUGAUAGGGGACAAACAGGAGGAGGACAAGCGAGCCAUAGCUGACCUGGUGUUGAGCAGGAUGGACGCCAUUGCCAAGGGGGUCUCUGCCACACCAGUGACGCCAGCGGGAGUCACGACGGGGGUGGCUGCAACAGGACCACCCGCAGACAUGAAGCACAUUCAUAAUGACGUUGGCGCCAUGCCCAAGCAGCAGCCUCCAGUCCAGGCUCAGCAGUACAAUAAGCCCCCAACAUCUGGACCCAUCCCCUCGCCCCAACAACAGCAACCGCAGCAGCAGCAGAUUCCCCAGCGCCCCUCAGCCCCAUCUCCCGCCGCGUCAUCGACGUCCUCGGGGCACUCGCCGGCCACAAGCAGGUCCUCAAUGGGAGGCGGACCAGGGAUGGGUCCGCAACCAGCAGGCGUGUCAUCGGGGAGCUCCGGCUCGCUGUCCGGCAAACAGGGACAUCAACUGCCUCCAACGCCUCAGGCCUCUGCCUUAAACUACGCGCCCUCGGGUGGUGGUGGCGGCGGCGGCAACUCCUCUUCGCGCCCCUCCUCUCGUUCCUCCCCCCACCAACAGCAGCAGCAGCAGCAACACCGAGCCAGUCCAGCUGGGGGACAGACUUCCUCCGCCUCCUGUCGACUCCCUAACUAUUACGUAGCAGGCGGCUACAGCACUGUGGGGGCGCAAUACGCGGCGUCGGGUGCCACUUUCAGAUUGAGUAGAUUCGGUAGGAAAGUGGUUGCGGUUGCCCGACUGAAAAAGAUCAUUCGCAACGCUAAAGCAGCUUCUGCUAGUUCGCAACUUCAAUCGACAGCAAACAAACAAGUUGCCACCAACUCGAGCAGAAUUACUUCUAGCAAAAGCGACUCGAGUGUUACUCGGGGUGAUUCGUUCAAAAAACCGAAUCAUCCCAAUCAACAGUCAAAUUCAAAAAUUGGAAUCGGUGGUCGAAUCAUCGCUACUAUGUUUUCACCGAACGUUCCAGAAGAAAACUUGGCAAAUCGAAGAGGACCGGCCAGAGUUGUCGGGUAUUCGACGUCGGGAAGCAAAAUGUAUCGACUGACACGACUAGGUCGAAAAUUCUUCGUAAUUGCGAUGACCAAAAAGAUGGCGGACGAAAAGCACAAGCAGGGUUUGGCCAACCAUCCCGGUUCCGAUCUUAGCAAAGGUCCAAUGGGAAAUCAAGUCCCGCCACAAGGAGGUCAUUUGCCUGGUCAACCACAACAUGCCAAGCAACCGGUUCCCCUUCAAAACCAACCUCCUAAAUCGUCACCAAACGAGCCCUCUAGAAGCCAAACUGGACCUAUGCCCAGUCCUGGAAAUCGGGUUCCUAGUUCCGGACCGAUGCCGCCGCCUCCCCGGCAGCAACCCACAAUUCCCGGCAUGGGAGGUCAACCCCCUCAUUCAAGUGGGCCCAUGGGAGGUAUGAGCAUGAACGGCCCAGGAGCUCGACCUCAAGGACAGAUGCCCCCUACGGUUCCUCAGCAGUCUCCGAUGGGACCUCAAGGAAUGGGAGGAGUUCGACCUCCAGCGGGACCUCCUCAAAGAGGUCCUCCGCAGCAACCUCCCCAGAGCCAGCAGAUGCCACCGGGUGGACGAAUGAACGGUGCGCCACCUCCAAGUGCAGGUGUUCCGCCGCCCACAGAGCAACCCGACGAUGCUUCGAUCAAAAAGCUGAGGAACGCUUUCUCCAGUUUCUUCGAGUGAGAUUUCGAGCGUGCGACAUAAGCGAACUUGGUUCACGGACGGCAAUGAUCUGUAAUAAAAAUUGUAUAUCGGAGGAACUCUCUUUUGUUUUGAAUUUUUCUCUGCAACCAUAUGCACGUGUAGAUCUUGAGAGAAUGUAACGCAUAUUUGAAUAUAUGUGAUUGCAAAUACCAAUUUUUGCGCAAUUUGCUCAUUUUAGCUUCACCAUUUGUAUAAUCUUGCAUUAUUUUUUUAAAAUUUUCACGGCCUUUGGACGUUUCAAAUGAAGUAUUGCCCAUUUAUUUGAUAAUAAACCAAUGAUUGUGUUCGCGUAAAAUUUGAAGUUCAAGAUUUUAAAUAACUUUGACGCUUAUGGAAUGGUAUAAUCUUAACUUGGAACAAUCAUUUAUCAUGUAUUCUUUAUAAAUUUUUAAUCAAACAGGUUUUAUCUGCAUUAUGUCAAUAGUUAUUUUGAUUAAAAUAUGUAAGCUGAAAAAUACGCAAUGACAUGAUUUCUCUAGAUUGAAGUCAGCACUAUGCAAAAAAAAAUCAAAAUCAAAAUGAAUUU